AUGGGUCAUUCAAGUACAAAUCCAUCCGUCACCUCCACCGGCCUCGCCAAACCGCUUCCGCCGACUAGCUUCGUCUCGUCCGCCGCGACGAGUUCCAGAUUCGGAUCGGCGCCAUCAAUGGCGACGACGUCGGAGAGCUCGCCGGAGCUGAGGUUUAAUGGAUUCGACUGCCUUCUCUGGUGCGAGCUACGAAUCACAGAAUGCCCAGGACUUCCAGGAUACGACGCGUACUCUCCCGAGGAUGUCCGAAAACUCUUCCUGUCUUCCGAGACAGAUCUUCGGAAGAACUCCGAUCUGCUGCACCUCGUCACAGAUUUCUUCAACAGCAACACCGAGCUAUCUCUUCUCUGCGAAUCUCUCAAGAAAUGCCUAGAAAAAGCUGAUCUUGGAGAAACCCUAGUUCGUGAAACUUUGUCCGGCUUCAAGGAGGAAAGAGGAGAGAAAGGGAUUCUCAGUAAAACUCUCCAGAAUAUCAGGAGUUUCAAAGAUUUCUCCAGCGACGACCCAUUCGCAGGAGAAUUCACCAAACUUUUCAAGAGCUGCCACGGCGAUCUCGUCAAGGUGAUCGGAAAACUGACCCAGACGACGAAGAAGCUCAACAGGAAACUCCGGAGAAUAAGCCUGCGCCGGAGAGUUUCGAUCACGCUGUUAAUCGCGGCCGUCGCCACCGUGGUCAUCUCCGCGGUCGUCAUCGGUGUAACAGUGGCUCCGCCGGUGUUUGCGGCGUUGGGUGCGGUCGUGUCGUUCGUGCCGAUGGGUCCUCUGGGUCUCUUCAUCUCCUCCGUGUGGAAGAAAUCGCGGGACGCUCUGAAACGCCAAAAGGCAGCGAUUGAUUCGAUAGAAAGAGGGACAUUUCUUGCUUUGAGUGAAGUGGCGAAAAUCAAGGUGUUGGUGAAUCAGUUUGAGGAGGUGAUGAAAUCGAUGGAGGAAUCGCUGUUGAAAUUGGAAGUGGGAGAGGUGGAGAAGGAGAUCCUCACGUACAGAAACGUCAUCAGCGUUCUGCGACACGAAGGCCAGCGGUGCGAUCAGGACGCGCGUUUGAGCCGAGACGUUGCUCGAGACAGGAUCAGCAAAUGUCUCUGUGAUGAAUGA